ACUGCAUGUGAUGAGUGGCUGGAUUUCUCAGAGCACAGAAGGAGAGAUGCUGGUUGAGGUGGAGGGGCUGAGGAGGACUGUGAGGAGGGAGAAGGAGGAAAAGGAGGGGUGAGAGGAGAACAGAAUACGUUGCCUGUGCACAACUGGAUGCAGCCGGGUGUGCAGCAGCGCCUGUGGGAGGCUAGAAAAAGAACCUGCCUGGAAUGGAGGAGAGCGAUGCAGCGCAGUUGCUGUUGUCAGGACUCCCUCCACCUUUCAUUUUCCGCCACGCUGGAGUCUGUGCUAAUGAGAACGAGUCGGAGCAGCUCUGGGAUGCCUAAGAGACCAGCUGCUUGUGUUCAACUUUGACAUGAUGCUUAGAGCAGGAGAGGCGACCACUUUCCAUGUACUGCUGAUGCUGCUUCCAUCUCUGUGCUGGUACCACCUGUGUCACUCUCUUCAGGCUCCAAAUCUCUCCUCCAAUGCCAAAGCAGAAGAUAAACUGUUCAAAUACCUCUUUCAAAACUACCAGAAAUGGGUUCGUCCAGUGGAGUACCUAAACCAGACCAUCAGUGUGAAGUUUGGCUUGGCCAUCUCCCAGCUGGUUGAUGUGGAUGAGAAAAACCAGUUAAUGACAACUAAUGUUUGGAUGAAACAGGAAUGGGUUGAUAUGAAAUUGAGAUGGAGCCCUGAAGACUUUCUGGGCAUCACAAACAUUCGUGUUCCGUCUGACAGGAUUUGGCUUCCUGAUGUUGUACUUUAUGACAAUUCAGAUGGACGUUUUGAGGGAACUAUCACUAAGGCUGUCGUCAAGUACGACGGAACCAUUUCAUGGAAUCCACCAGCCAACUACAAGUCCUCCUGCACCAUCGAUGUCACAUUCUUCCCAUUUGACCUCCAGAACUGUUCAAUGAAGUUUGGAUCCUGGACCUAUGAUGGCUCACAAGUGGAUGUCCUUCUGGAAGAUUUCCAUGUGGACAAGCAGGAUUAUUUUGACAAUGGGGAAUGGGAGAUAGUGAAAGCAACAGGCAGCCGUGGUCUCAGAACUGAUGGCAGUAGUUCCUAUCCCACCAUCACCUAUUUCUUUAUUAUCCGCAGGCUGCCUCUUUUCUACACUCUCUUCCUCAUCAUCCCUUGCAUUGGCCUGUCCUUUCUCACCAUCCUCGUCUUCUAUCUGCCCUCAAACGGUGGUGAAAAGAUCUCUCUCUGCACCUCAGUGCUUGUGUCGCUCACAGUCUUCCUCUUGGUCAUUGAAGAGAUCAUCCCUUCUUCUUCUAAGGCAAUCCCUCUUAUUGGGGAAUACCUGGUCUUUACCAUGAUCUUUGUCACACUCUCAAUCGUCAUCACUGUCUUUGCCAUCAACAUCCACCAUCGUUCUUCAUCGACACAUCAUGGCAUGGCACCAUGGGUGAGAAGGAUUUUUCUACAUCGGCUACCUAAGCUGCUAUGCAUGCGCAGCCAUGUGGACCGCUAUGCUACAGCCAGAGUGCCUGAAUCAGAAAGAAAUAUUGGAUUAGAAAAGAUUAAAAACCCAACUCCUGAGAUCACUCCACUUCUCUCCACCCAGCACAACCUCCAAGCAGCUUUGGAAUCUAUUCGCUAUAUCACGAUGCACGUGGUUAAAGAAAACCAGGUCAGAGAGGUGGUGCGAGACUGGAAGUUUGCUGCUCAGGUCCUGGAUCGAAUGUUUCUGUGGGCCUUCCUUUUGGUGUCAGUUCUUGGAUCUGCUCUCCUUUUCAUCCCAGUCAUUCACAAAUGGGCCAGCAUCAUAGUCCCUACUCAUCCUGGCAGUACUCUCUAGAAACAUCUUCAAUCACAAUGGGAAAUGAAAGAAAAGCAUAUUAACUGCUCUUCAGACCAUCUGAGACAUUUGAAGGACAGUGCAGACUAUUCACAACAUUCCUUUGCAUUCAAUUUCUGAGAUUCUAUUGUGCCAGAAACAAUGCUGCAACUCUGAACACAGUUAUUGCUGACUGGACAUGUGUACAAUGUGCAUUUUAUAGUCUAAUUCUAAACUUGUUUCUAAAGAGCAGCUAGACAGGAAAAGCAACAAAAUAAAACGUACAUACAUAUUCAUGUAGUUUAAAUCAUGACAACUGCCAUAGUAAUGGGCAGAACAACAUAAUCCAGGAAGAACAUGUCCUUUGAGUAAAAGCAUGUCAUUAAUGUGGCGUUCGUUUUGUUUUAUUUUGUUCUAUUUUGCAUAUUUCUUAAUGCCUAGAUCCACAGAAUAUUUUGCAUCAGGACGCUUGUAAUUCUGGUGCAUAAUUUCAGCAGAAAAACUUCCUUUUUCUUUUUAUCAUCAGCUUUCUAAAAAGAAGCAUUCUGGAACACAUUUUCUGAGCUAACCAUAAGAGCCUGUUUGCUGACUCCCUGCAGAUUUUCUUGUCAGGACUUGAAAUUCCCCUGAAAUCUGUUUCCUUCCAGAGCAAACAUCUUGAAUUCCUUCUAAGGGUGCGUCACAUUUUACAGUAACAACAAAGUUCAGGCAUGGUUUUGGACUCUGGGGAGCCACCCUCAGUUUCGGAGAGCUACUAUCCUGUCACUCGUUUAUUUCAGCAACAUGCCUGGGUGACUUGAAUGUUUUGCUAAAGGCCUCUGCAGAGCUGAAGGACUUAUCAGGGAAUUCAGUCAUUUGAGUUUUAGCUUAACAUAUAGAACAAAUGUUCUGUCAACUGGAAUCUACUUACAGACUGUGGACAUCAUGUCAAACUCUGGAUUCUUUGAACAGGCUGUAAAAGAACAAUAUUAACAGCAUACCAAUUGUAUGUCAAGAAAUUAAGUAAGAAAACAACUAAUUUGUCACACCAAAACUGUGUCACAAUAGCUUUAUUACAGGCACAUAGGCAAGAUCAAAUUCUGCAGCACAAAUAUUUAGUCACAAUCCCAAGAGGACCUGUGGGCUUUUUACCGGAGCAUUCAUUGCCUCUAAGUGGCCACACACCUAUAAAAUAGAAUGUUCUCUUGUAUAAGGUCACAAGAGAACAGCAUUGUUACAGCAAUUUUCUGUUGAGUAAGGCAGAAAAAUGAGACAAUUUUGCAAAAGAGAAAAUAUUGCUAAAUUAAAACUACACAAUCAGAAGGUCAUGAAGACAGAAGGAGUGAAGACAAGAGUUAGCUUAACUACUCCGUAGAGUGCUCAUUUAAGCCGCGUACAUCCAGAAUCCUGUUCUGUUCAUAAUUUACUGUAUAUCUCAUGAUUGUAGAUGAAGGUCAGAACACAUGAGACUAUGGAGUCCGGGUCACUGGAGCUGACU